AUGCAAGAUGAUUUCUUCACCGCAGGGACAGAUACAACCGCCAUUUUAAUCGAGUGGGCGCUGGCAGAACUCAUCAACCAUCCAAAGGUGCUCAAGAAAGUAAGGGAGGAGGUCGAUCGAGUCGUGGGGAAUAAACGACUACUCGUAGAAUCUGAUGGUCCAAACCUUCCAGUGUCUAUGGUCAUAAGAAAAUGUGUAGAAAAAUGUAAAUUUGGAAAAUAUGUGAUCCCAGAAAACACAAUGCUAUUUGUGAAUGUUCGGGCCAUUGGAAGGGACCCAAAGUAUUGGGAAAAUCCUUUGAACUUUCAACCUGAAAGAUUCUUAUCACAACCACACAGUGGAGGAGAUGGAACGAGUGCAUUAGAUGUUAGGGGGCAACAUUUUGAGCUGCUUCCGUUUGGGACUGGGAGGAGGAUAUGCCCUGGUGUAAACUUGGUCAUGCAAAUGAUGCAUGCCCUACUUGGUGCUAUGGUUCAAUGCUUUGAUUGGAAAGUUAUAGGACCACAUCAGAAGAAGAUGAACGGUAACGAUCUUAUUCUUGAAAUGGAUGAACGGCCAGGAAUGACAACUCCUCGAGCCCAUGAUCUAGUUUGUAUUCCAGUGGCACGUCUCAACCUACUUGAUGUCCUUGACCCGUAA